GCCUCUCCGGCAUGAAUAUGUACUUCCGGCGUGAGGCCGGUCCUUUUCCUGUGCUGUAAACUUGAGUAAAGCGGCUUUUCAGCCCGUCCAGCUCAAUCUACAGCCAUCGACCGGUACCGAGCGCAGAGAUGACCGAGCAGAUGACCGUGCGAGGGACCCUGAAGGGCCACAACGGCUGGGUGACCCAGAUCGCCACGACUCCGCAGUUUCCAGACAUGAUUCUGUCCGCGUCCCGAGAUAAGACCGUCAUCAUGUGGAAACUCACCCGUGAUGAGACCAACUACGGUAUUCCUCAGCGAGCCCUGCGCGGACACUCACACUUCGUGAGCGAUGUGGUCAUCUCAUCAGACGGUCAGUUUGCGCUGUCCGGCUCGUGGGAUGGCACUCUGCGUCUGUGGGACCUCACCACUGGAACCACGACCCGUCGUUUUGUGGGUCACACCAAAGACGUGCUGAGCGUGGCCUUCUCUGCUGAUAACCGGCAGAUCGUGUCCGGCUCUCGGGACAAGACCAUCAAGCUGUGGAACACCCUGGGCGUCUGCAAGUACACCAUUCAGGACGAGAGUCACACCGAGUGGGUUUCCUGCGUCCGUUUCUCCCCGAACAGCAGUAACCCCAUCAUCGUCUCCUGCGGCUGGGACAAGAUGGUCAAGGUGUGGAAUCUGGCCAACUGCAAGCUGAAGACCAAUCACAUCGGACACACCGGAUUCCUGAACACCGUCACCGUGUCCCCUGAUGGCUCCCUCUGUGCGUCUGGAGGAAAGGAUGGACAAGCCAUGCUUUGGGAUCUAAACGAAGGCAAGCAUCUUUACACGCUGGACGGCGGUGACACGAUCAAUGCUCUCUGCUUCAGUCCCAACAGAUACUGGCUGUGUGCCGCCACAGGGCCGAGCAUCAAGAUCUGGGAUCUGGAGGGAAAGAUCAUUGUUGAUGAGCUCAGACAGGAAGUCAUCACCACCAACAGCAAGGCUGAGCCGCCCCAGUGCACGUCUCUGGCCUGGUCUGCUGAUGGACAGACUCUCUUUGCUGGAUACACAGACAACCUGAUCAGAGUUUGGCAGGUGACCGUCGGAACCCGAUAAAGAUGUAGAUUCCAAGAACAGAAUGCAACACGUGGAAAAAUGGAAUAAAAAUCAAUAAAUGAUUUCUUUUGUGUUAA